CACAGGUUAUACGGUCAUUUUAACAGCUGUCAUUGUGUAUAAUUUUUGUAAAGGAAGCCUUCGGCGCCCUCUUUAAACUUUUUGAUAAACGUUUUAGCAUUACCACAAAAAUGAACGUCUACACUUACCAAAACUUGGACGAAUUACAAGGUUUCAUAUCUUUGGAAAAUCCUUCAGAAACUUCAGUAAUAGAUCCGUAUAGUUUGCCGUACUUCCAGACGUUCAUGUUUGCAUCAGUAUUGGAAGACACCAUCACCAAACUUCGUAUACUGAAUGAAUGCAACAACGAGAUGCGUAUAAGCAAAACAAUGGUAGACCUGAAUCGUCUUCUCGCCCUCAAGUACAACGUGGAGCAGCCUGCCACCAUGGACGAACUUAAAAAUGUAAACCCUAAGAAACUGAAUUGUAUUGAAUACAAACUAAAUAAAUUGGAUGCUGACAGAAAAUACUUCGGUGACGUGCUGAUAGACACAUACUUGGACUUGUCUCUGAAUAAGAAAUAUUCGGCGUUAGCGGAUCACGUACGACGAAUUGUGGAUCGCAAUGAACACGCAGCGUUCUUGAUUCAAGACGAAGCUAAGAACAGACUUGUACGACGCGAGUUGAACAAACAGUACCGACAGCAGCGCAAUCACAACAAGUCAGUAAUGUACGACACCGACGUAGCCAUUGAACGGCUCAAGAGUCUGGUCGAAGAUGCAGCCCUGAACGCUGAGGUCCGCAAACGGUAUGUAGAAAACUGGCAGAACGCGCGGACAGAGCAGCACCACCAGACCAUCAGAGACAAGGAGUUUGGAUCCUCAGAAACCAUAGAGUACUAUAAACAGAAGACAGACCACGAACAAAGAGUCCACACAGAAGUGGAACUACUCAUGAAUAUUACUGUAAAUGAAACAUUGCAAAAAGUCGAAAGCUGGAUGAAUAAAUACGACAAGGAUAUGGAAGCGAUAGACCUCAGAAUUCAAAUAAUGAAAAACAAUCAUAAGAACGCCUACGAGAAACGAAUUCAACUUGAAGAAACGUUAGAGGAACAUGUAAAAUUAAUGAAGAACUGGAUACAUUUCAAAGAAGACCGCGAAAAGGCUCGUCUUUAUCGUGAGAAGAUGGACAAUGCUGCUGUAACUGUGCAAGCAUGGUGGCGCGGCCUUCUUGUACGCAAUCAACUGGGACCUUACAAGCCUUUACCUAAGAAAAAGGGUGCAUCCGUUCCCAGUGGAAAAAAGAAAAAAUAAUUUAUUUAUUUACUUAUUAAUUAUUAUUAAUUUAUAAAUU